AUGGCGUCUGAGUUGCCACCAUGCCAGAAUCUGGCGGACCCUCUUUACUUGCCAAUCGAAAACACCGAAGUGACUGAGACUUCAACUAUCGCCAAAAGCUGGGGUAUCUCGUUGGGUCUCGGCACACCUCGACAGCGUGUCAUAUUGAGGCCUUCGCUGUGGCAGAAAACAUUGGUUGCACGCAAUGACGACUGCGACGGCGAUGCUGAUGUUGACUGUCUGGCGCAAGUCGGGGGCACUUAUGAUCCCAGCUUGUCGUCGACCUACGUCAACCUGACCUCAACGUCAGACUGGAAUUCGACUCUCUCAGAUCAAGAAACAGUGUCGGACUUUCACCUCUAUCAAGAUACACUGUCGUUCGAUGGCAUCACGGCCAAAGGCUGGGGAUUUCCAUUCUCAACGUGGUCUGAGCCUGGUUGGACUAGCAAUGGUUACGUCGGUCUAGGUCGCAACUCAUCAUUCUUGAAGACAGCAGUCGACAUGGGUGUGGCUGCGGUGACAUCUUGGGGUCUGUGGCCCGGCAGCCGGUCUUUCGAGAAUCCAGCUGACGGCCUUCUGAUCGUCGGUGCGUAUGAUACAGCCCGAGCCGACGGCGAUUUCCAGUCUUUUCCCAGCUACGAUAACUGCCCUGCAUGCCUUCAAAUUGCCGACAUUGCAUGGGUCGAGAACGGGGAGUCUGUCUCCAUCUUCAAUGGCACUACUUCUGCGUUGCAAGUUGCCAUGAAUCCCUUUUUCAACACGAUUGAAUUGCCCCAAGACUUGUGGAGCAAUUUCAUGACAGUUACUGGAGGGGUCUACAAUUCCUCCCUGGGCAGCAUCAGCUACCCUGUGGCAUCAGUGCCGACUGGAAGUCUAAACGUCACAAUACAAGGCGCAUACUCGGUUUCCAUUCCUGCGGUUGAGCUUUUCACCUAUCCCCGCGUCAUAAACUCAUUGGGCAAUCUUACAACGUCGAGCACGAGCCUGAAGAUCGCUCAGGUUUACAACUAUACCAACGAUGUCCCUGGUCGUAAUAUUCUGGCGACAUGGGGAUUGCCCUUUAUGACAAUGAACUAUCUGGUUUUGGACACUGAUCAGGAAGAAUUCCGCCUGGCAAAAGCUAUUCGUCAGAACUUUGGUACACAGGGGGGAGCAAUUCCAAGAAAGUUGUGUAGAGGAGUGGUAACGCCAACACCAACACCAACACCAACGCCGACUCCAACGAACCCUCCAGUCGAAAGUUCCAGCGCUGUUCCGUCUGAGUCACCUGUCCCGGGGGGCGGGACCAACACUGGUGCUAUUGUUGGUGGCGUCGUAGGUGGUGUUGGAGGCAUUUUGCUAAUCGCUUUGAUCAUUUUCUUCUGCAUUCGGCGACGCAAUCGGCGGCAGGAGACAGUCCUCGCCUCUUCAACACAGCCGCCCUACGACCCAAUGACGCAGAUGUACCACUCACCGGCGUCCCCAAUGCCUCCAAACUCAGGACCCAGUCCGGUCCCUUAUGGAUCCCCGCAGAGUUAUCCAUACGGGCCCCUCGGACCAGUGUUUUACUCCAGCCAACCAGCCUCGUCGGCAGGUUACCCCGAUUCGGUUCAGCCGUUCCAACAGUCACAAGCCUUGCCCAAUCCUGAGUAUCGUGGAGCAUCCCCAACACAGUACUCUGAUGCGACAGCCGUGCAGGAGUUGCCCAGCCCACCUGUGGGUCAAGGAAGCCAAACCGACUGGAGGUCAAGCCAGGGUGGCAGUGAUUUCGACCCGGGGGUAAGUUUUGUGCCUAUUCUACCGCAUGUCUUGGGCAGGUGA